GACGACGUGAGCUAAACACCCUAUACUGCAGUCAUCAUUUCAGCCUCACCAUGGACGGGUUGGGGGCUCGUGAAAAACACAUUGACUUCAUUUCUAAUCAUAAUGGCAGUUACCCGUCAGAUAUUAUUCUUUCUACUCUACCUGCACCUCUUUCAGUUGCUUUGACUUCGGUAGUAUUACCUUUUCUUUUACCCACCCGAUACGUUUUGUUGCAGUAUUCUUCACGAAUAUGGAUUCAUCUACUCAUUGAGACGUUGACAGUCGUUUGCCCUAUUUUACUAUCGUUUACGACACUGUCGUGUUCAACAUCACUGAACGUUCCCAUGUUUUUGCUCCUCAUCAUAGGCUUAAUGAUUUCUGCCCCAAAAUGGUGGAAUCCCAACAUUCCAGUUUUGAACCACUUGUUCUCUUUUCCUCUCCCAGAGAAGAAACCUUCAUUCCUAACCAACUACCGAGCUGGUAUGAACCUAGCAACUGCAAUCUGCAUAUUGGCAGUAGACUUUGCAGUAUUUCCACGAAGAUUUGCCAAGACAGAAACUUAUGGAUACAGCCUGAUGGAUGUUGGUGUAGGAUCAUUUGUUAUUGCUAAUGGCUUAGUGGGAUCUAGUCAAAAUCGAUCAGCCAAAGCAUGGUCUAAAACAUUCCCAAUACUACUCCUUGGCAUAUUCCGGCUUAUAACAGUCAAGCUGUCAAACUACCAUGAACAUGUAACAGAGUAUGGUGUUCAUUGGAACUUCUUUUUCACCUUAGCAAUUGUGAAAAUUGCCUCAUCACUUAUCAAAACAAAUUUCCGGCCGAUUGUUUUGUCGUUCAUCCUUUUGGCCGUCUACGAAUUAGGAUUGAAAUUAGGACUUGAAACCUGGAUCUUGAGCGAUUUUCCAAGAAAUAAUUUGAUCUCCGCCAAUCGUGAAGGAAUUUUUUCAUUGCUGGGCUACAUGGCAAUAUAUUACGCCGCCUGCGAGUUGGGUGAUUACAUCAAGAAACCCAAAACCCAAUUCAAAGAAUGGUUACGUCUAUUGGUGGUACUUGCAUGCCUCUCCUUCUUGGGUUGGAUUUGCCUCCAGGUCAGUGAAUCUUUUUUUGGACUGCCGUCUCGAAGGCUGGCCAACACAUCGUUCUGCUUGUGGAUGAUGACUUACAACCUGAUCAUAAUGUCUGCUUACUUAUUGGUCGAUUUACUCCUGGUGACGUUCGACCUUCGGCGAGAGACCGAUGCUCCGGCUGAUACCUCCGCCUUGCCCGUCUUCCGCGAGCCCUAUCUCCUAAGAUUUAUAAAUUACAACGGACUGGUAUUCUUCUUACUGGCUAAUUUAUUGACGGGGCUUGUCAAUAUGACUUUUGACACGAUUCACAUGGCGACGUUCACAUCAGUUAUCCUGCUCUUCAAUUAUUGCACUGUGCUCUGUCUAUUUGUGGCCGGGCUGUACCUAUGGCGUAUCCGAGUGUGAAAAUCUUUGCUUGUUUUUCUUGUUGUGUACAUUUCCAAUACAGACGCAAGGUGCUGGUUACAUUUCCAGUAAAACCUA